AUCCUGAGAAGAAUAUACUAGCUAGUGCUUUAAAACAUUUCUAGUUCAGUUUAAGAAUGCCCUCAAGUUCUCCAAUCUUAGUAUUAUUCUUCUUGUCAGUGAUUUUAACGCUGCUUUUGGGUUCUGAUGCUGGUGGAAUAGCAAUCUAUUGGGGUCAGAAUGGAAAUGAAGGGACCUUGGCUGAGACUUGUGCCACUAGAAAUUAUGACUUUGUAAAUAUAGCUUUCCUGCCCACUUUUGGCAAUGGUCAGGCUCCUGUGAUCAACCUCGCUGGUCAUUGUGAUCCAUACAACUGCACAGGCUUAAGCUCUGAUAUUAAAUCAUGUCAAGCCAAAGGCAUCAAGGUGAUGCUCUCUAUUGGUGGAGGAGCUGGGAGUUAUUAUCUUGCAUCUACUGAGGAUGCUAGACAGGUUGCCACUUAUCUUUGGAAUAACUUCUUGGGUGGUCAUUCGUCAUCUCGACCACUUGGACCAGCUGUUCUAGAUGGGAUUGAUUUUGACAUUGAAGGAGGAACAAGCCAACACUGGGACGAUCUUGCGAGAUUCCUUUUAGCAUAUAGCAAGAAAGGUAAAAAAGUAUACUUAACUGCAGCUCCCCAGUGCCCAUUCCCUGAUGCAUGGAUAGGAAAUGCCCUUAAGACAGGACUUUUUGAUUAUGUUUGGAUUCAGUUCUACAACAAUCCUCCCUGCCAAUACUCCUCUGGAAGUAUUACCAAUCUUGAAGAUGCAUGGAAGCAAUGGACUUCAAGUAUUCCUGCUAAUAAGUUUUUCUUGGGAUUACCUGCUGCUCCUGCUGCAGCUGGAAGUGGAUUCAUCCCUGCAACUGAUCUCACUUCAAAAGUUCUUCCUGCAAUUAAGGGUUCUGCUAAAUAUGGAGGAGUCAUGCUAUGGUCCAAGUAUUAUGAUGAUCAAACUGGUUAUAGCAAGGCCAUCAAGGGCUCUGUCUAAAUGUCUUCUUCACAGCCUUGUGUGAAUAAAUCUCCUUAUCCUUGGGAGUUGAUAUAUAUAAAAUUAUGCUUUGUGCUAUAUAUGUAAAGCUUCAAAUAUAUGCAGAAUUGUGUGUUUUCUUGAUU